UGCCAUUCACCCUAUCCGAUUUUCCUUUCCCUCGCGACUCGCUACAUCUAUCCCGCUUGGCGUUCGGUCGCUCGUUGCAUCUGACUGGGGAGGGUCGCAUACUCGAAGCCUUAUCUGGUACCUAAGGUCCUAGGAUCAUCAACGUUCUUCGACACCGGCUGAACAACGUGGAUUGAAUCAUCUACGAGGGGACUGACCUCCCCGAGGAGGUCAUCCCGAUCGCACCCUACGGCCGAAAUGUCUGUACGUCGCGACGCGAGAUGGCACUGUGAUUCAGGACCGACGGUCGUCGCCCAACGAUGCGGCACUCCAGGUUCAGGAGUGGGGCAGGAAGUCUCUUAUAUUCGUUCGGGGAAACAAACGGCACGACGACGAUGGCAGCGUAAAGAUCGACCGUGGGUUGGCAGUGCUGGGUUGAUGUUGUUCGUGCUGUUGAUAUCGUGGAUACCUGCGACCUAUGCUGCCUUGGUGAAUUUCGAGAACUGCUUGCCUGCCACCACAAUCGAAUCAAACCCACUACAACUGCAAUUCGUCCCGCUUGACGUCUCCGUCGUCUUCGACCUACAUAACUCUCUCCACCCCCUAAACAUAUCGAUCUACGGUAACGUCUCAGGAACUGCCAAUGGAGAGACCUAUCCAGCCCCGGAUGAUCCCCAGUGGUCGAACCCGAACGAUACUGUAGGAAAGAUUGUGAAUGUGGAUACCUCUAAUGAUAUGUACACAACGCUUCUGCCUUCAAUCGACGUCCUUAGUUUCAAUCCCUAUCAUGACGCGUCACAGUUCUGUCAAUCGGUCUUUCAGGGGUCUUGCCCCCUGGGUCCCGUCUUCUAUGUUAACGCGUCGGACCUAUCUGCUUUGCGCGCCUUCUCUAUUGAGCAUGAUAUGCUAUCAUCGUACCGCUUCUCGACCUUGUCAUCGAAAAUUUUGGUCGAAUCUGGCGACAAAGCCGCUACGAAGCUCGCGUGUAUUUCAGUUGACAUUACCCCGGACCUGGGAACAUCUCUGAGGAACACGUUAUCCUAUGUUCCCCUUGUGAUCCUUAUACUGGUAGGAAUCGCUACUGUAAUGGCGGCGAUAUAUAGCCCAUGGGGCACCACUGAUCCUUUUCAUUGGACCAGCAACUACGGUCGUGAUGAGGAUGUUCUCCGACUUGUCACACCUGGUUUUGGCGAUUGCCUACAAUACAUUCAGUUUGCGGUCUUGACCGGUUCCCUAUCGCUGAAUUACCCUGGUUUUUACCAGCCUGCGAUUAGCCAAGUUGCCUGGUCUGUACUCAUGUUCAACCAGAGUUUCUUGGACCCUGGACAAGAGCAAAUGCCUGUUAAAGAUGGCGUUUAUACCGUCAAUUCUACGUAUGGUUUGGACAGGUUGGAUCAAUAUGUCGGCAUGCCUGCAGCGCGUGAUAUUUGGCCGGGAAUGAUGGUUUGGCUACUUGUCAUUGUGGCCGUGAUCACGGUUCUGAUCCAGAUAGCUUUUGGGCUACGUUGGCUCCAUCGUACGAUUGCCAACAAUCCGGAUCAGGACCUUCGUUCCAAGAACAUGCCCUUUACGGUCGGGAAUGUCAUCCGGAUCGUCUUCAAUUAUCUACUUCUACCGCUUGUCUCGAUAUCAUUUUUUCAGCUGGUCAUCGCCGGCCAAUCCCCAGCAUACUCUGUUGCGCUAGCAGCUGUGGUCAUACUGAUCUUGGUAGCCUUUUCGCUGUGGACAGUCCGGCUAAUUGCAACUACCCGGCCGAAGUCGUACCUCUUCGAUGACCUUCCGACUGUGCUCCUCUAUGGCCCGCUCUACAACACCUAUUGUGAUGAUGCAGCUGCCUUCGCGUUGGUCCCAAUCUUUCUAACGUUCGUUCGUGGUAUUGCGAUUGGGGCGCUGCAGCCAUCCGGCAUUGCCCAGAUCGUGCUGCUCGCUAUCUGCGAGGUGGUGUCUAUUCUAACACUAAUCGCCUUCAAACCGUACCCAUCGCCAACUUCGAUGAACCUCUACCAGGCCUGUUUCUCCAUCGUUCGAUUCCUGACCAUCCUACUCAGCGUCGUCUUUGUUCCUUCCUUGCGUAUCUCACAGGCCGCUCGAGGUUGGAUCGGGUAUGUCAUACUUUUCUUGCAUGCGCUAGUCAUGGUCUUUGGCUUCUUCUUGAACGCUCUGCAGACCUUUAUUGAGGUCAUUGCACGUCUUGCUGGUGCGGGAGGCUACGAGGGGGGCGUUACUCGAGGUGGCCUUGUCAAGGUUUUUGGUAUGCGGCAACUCUCACGGCGCGUACCCAGACAAAGCGUCGCCACCCGUCAAAGCAUGGGCUCCGAAGCUGCGAUGCUAGCACACACAGACGACCGACUAUCGUCGCAGUUCGAUGGAUCCCGACCCCGCAGUCUUUCGGGAAGCUCCGCCAUGCUUUUGAACCGAGCCGGUGCAAGUGAAGGGCGAGCUAGCGCGAUUUUUGACUCGGGAAGUGCACACGGGGGAACGCACAGUCGGGCGAACAGCAGCGGGUUCUUUACACCCUCGACGCCGGGGGGAUUUGCUGCAGCCGGGUAUCAUACUCCGGGAAGCAACUCCCCCAAGAGCGGUCCCGUCUUUCCCAUGCAUCCGCAUGACCCUUACUACCGACCUCCUAGGCCCCGCAAAAAGGUGGUAGACAUGGGAGCUGCCGGAGAGAAGGGUAGAUCAUCACGACAUACGCGAAGGUCAGCCAGCUACGGGGACAUAGAUGAUGAUAUCAUCGAAGGACCCUCGAUCUCUGGCAGAGGCACGCCGAUUCCCGCAUAUAUCCCCGCACCCAAGGAUGACCUCGAUCUUGACGACCCUCGCCAGUCAAGGAAGGAUUAUGCAGUUCGUGAAGUCGACUUCUACUACCGAGUACGCGGGCCUCCGUUGUCCCAGUCAGGCACUCGCAAAUUGAAGACGGGCCCGGCUGAUCCCACCGGCCCGGUUUCUUCUGCCACCGGCUUUUUCCGCAGCCUGUUUAGGGGAAAGACCAAGGAAAAAGGAAAAGGCUUUGAGGUUGUGCGCAGUAGUAGAGCGCCACCGCCUGGUCUUUUCCCGGAAGGCGAGGAAUUUCAUGAUGACCAUGAACCUUACAGAGACGAGCCCGAGGAACAGGGCGCUGCAGGGGAAACUCGUGAGAUCUCGGAAACCGAUGCUCAGUACCGCGAUUCAGAUGGCGACGGUAACGAGCGAUCUACGGAGACGCAGGCUGUUCUGCCACAGGUGGAGACGGGCGGCGACAUCGAGCUCCCAAGUCGCGUGGGCUCUCUGUAUAGCUCCCAGUCGCCCUCUUCUGCUCGACCAGGUGCCGGGCGUCAGGGCUCUAUAGGUUCCUUGGCUCCGGAAGAGCAGGAUUUGGCGCAGAAAUCCCUCUCGGUCACAGAGACAGCUAUUGGGGAAUCAGCUGAGCUCGGUAACAGGCACGAACCAUCGGUUCAUCCUUCCAGUCAACUACACCCCUCAGCCUCAGUCACCAGUCGGCUACCGUUCAGUGCCACCAGCUCACCCUCGCGAGAUCGCAAUUUCUCCAUUGCGUCGACGUCCGCUUCCACGACCUCUAGCCGUCGUGUGAACGAUGGAAGUAUCCGGAUUGAGCGUCCAUCCAGCAUGGGCUAUGUUGCGCAGUUCCGCACCCAGGAUAAUAUCCACGAAGCCAGCCCGGAUGAGCCCUCGUUCGCGGGCAGCGCCGCCGAACUGGUGGAUGAGGCACAUCACACCGGCGAGGCACGCUGAGGAUGACGAAUUUCCUUUCCUAUCUCUGUCGCCCCCCCAAAAGGAUUUUGUGCAAGGAGUUUGUGAUAUAUGGGUUGGAUUUCCGUUACAUAUGCAACCGGAUCCUGCAGCAUUCUGCUGGCCAGCGUGUCUCAUUUUUCCGUUUCCAUUCUCCUUAUAUUUAUUUUAUUUGAUCUCCUAUCCAGCGCUCUCCUGUCCCCAUUUCCCUGCUCUUGCAUUGUGGCCGAGGUCACCCUCCCUAC